GAUCGUGAACUCGAAGCUAUCAUGGGGGAACUGACUAGUAAAAAAAAGUCCAGAUAUACCUACAGGCACCUUAACCAGCUUUCGAAAUAUUCUGUUGACACCCCGUUCAGGGUUAUUGCUCAUAUGUUUGAACUCUUCUCCUUCCUCUUCCCACCCGUACUCGUGCACCGCGCGGGGUGGCAUAGCUAACGUUUGUGUAAUAGCGAUCUCGAUGCGUUCUACGUGGGUUAUACCGCCGAUUGCACUGAGGGCCCUACUGAACCUGAGAGCAUAGGCGCAAUGUGAGAUGAAGCGACUCGGAGCGGACGUGAACACUCCACUCGCAGUCCAGCAAUGGCAAAGCAAGCAAUCAAACCCCACUACCUUAACCGCAACUAAUACGCUUGCCCUAUAGGUCUAAUUGCGGUAAACUACCCAGCAAGAGCAUUCAACGUCAGCCGUCACGUACGAGUGCCUCACCUAACCCCACUCCCAUCUACCCAGACUUAUGUUUACAAAUCCCGCAGUCAACAGCUGCCGACGCCCUAAAGGCCUGCCCUCAGCUCAAACUCGUGCACGUAGCGACCUGGCGCGCCGGAGACGAACGCUGGGACUAUCGCGAGAACCCGGACAUAGUCACCUGCAAGGCAUGCCUAGACCCAUACCGUAACGAGUCGAAGAAGAUCAUAUCCAUCUUUCGCGCUGCAUGUCCGCGGGUCGAGAAGGCUUCCAUUGAUGAGUCGUUCCUAGACCUGUCGGUCAUGGUGUACGAGAGGCUGUUGAAGCGGUUUCCGGUACUCGCACUCCCACCACCGUAUAACGACCCUUCGGAGAACUUGGCGUUGCCCCCAAAGGGUCUGGAAGUUAAGUGGGCCGGGUCGCACCUGUUGGAGUUUGCAGAGGACAGCGAUGGGCAGCUGGAUUGGGAUGAUGUCGGGAUGGGGAUAGCGGCGGAGAUCGUCGAGGAGGUUAGGGGGAGUGUGAGGAAGGAGUUGGGGUACACGUGCUCAGCCGGGAUUGCGCAAAACAAGUUGUUGGCGAAACUAGGGAGUGGAUACAAAAAACCGAACCAACAGGUACUACUUGAGUAUGGGGCGUUCUUGGUGGAUGAGUGGUGUCUCGUGCUGACGAUUCAGACUGUUGUUAGAGUUAGAGCCGCGCAGCUGUUUUUGAACUCUUUCAAGUUUACCAAACGUAUGGCAUUGCGUCUAUGGAAUCGUCGCUGCUAUUUAUGCUGAUUUGGUGGGGGUACGUAGUCAGAAACCUGGGGGGUAAAUUAGGAGAGAGGAUCUCUGAAGAAUUCGGAACUGAAGAGCUCUCCACCCUCCUGGACACUCCUCUACAACAACUGCAGCUCAAACUAGAUGAUGACACUGCUACCUGGGUCUACAACGUGAUCCGUGGGAUCGACAGGUCGGAGGUCAACCCCCGGACCCUCAUCAAAUCCAUGCUCUCCGCAAAGUCAUUCAGGCCCUACAUUGCCACUCCUGAUGCGGCUUCCAAAUGGCUCACCGUCUUUAUUUCCGACAUAUAUUCCCGAAUGGAAGAAGAAGGGGUCAUGGAGGGUAAACGAAGGCCAAAGACUAUGACACUGAGCUAUCGAGGUUCGGGCGGUGCAGGAAAAGGCCGCUCAGUCCCCAUACGGGAAGUAACGAAGCCAGCCUUAACAACAGUGGCACAAAAUCUGUUGAGGGGUGUUGUUGAUGAUGCCAGGGCCUGGCCGUGCGCUAUGCUUAGCUUAGCCGUCUCAGGGUUCGAAGAACGUGAGGUAGGAAACGUGGGAAUUAGGGGGUUUCUGGUUAGCGGCGACCCAGCGAAGCACCGAAAUGCCCCCAGGCCCGAAUCUAGCAGUGCCGUAGAGCGGGAGCCAAAAAGAAGGAAGGUGGGUGAGGACAUUGGGCGAUUCUUCACGAAGCAGCCAGCGGCCUUCAAUGAGACUCCAACCCGGGAAGACCUGCUUUCAGAAGAUGCCGCAGUGGGCCCCGGGACAGGGGAUGCUUUCGACAACCCGCCAUCGCCGCCACCACCUGCAAUAGUAGCUACGGGAGGUGGCCGGAUGUUCCUAUGCGACCGUUGCAAGACCUCCCUUCCCUUCGAAGCCCAGGAAGAGCACCAAGACUGGCAUUUUGCGAAGGACCUCGCACAAGAGGAUCGAGCGGAGGCUAUGAGGCGAAUUGCGCCGCCUGCGCCCUCAAGUCCUUCUUCUAAGAAGCCUAAGAAAGGCAGCGGUGGUGGCGGUGGUAAGAAUGGUAGCGGGCCUGAGAAGGGACAGAGGAAGUUGCUUUUCCGAAAGUGAUUUGGUUGCGUAUCACUCGGCGUAGUGAUGAUGCGUGGGGGUUUGGCGUUUGGUAAUGUAAUGUGUAGACUCAUGGCAGAUAGAAAUGAUAGAACUACACUUCUUAGG